CGCGCAGGCGCGGAGCUGAGGCUGGUGCCCGGGACCAUGAGCGGCAGCGCCGAUCCCGACCCCGCGCCCGCGGCCCCGGCGGCGCCGCCAGGCCCCGCCGAGGGCAGCAAGCCCAGCCCGGCCGCCGUGGGCAGCGCCGGGCCCGGGGCGGCGCCAGCUGCCGGGGGCGGCGCGGCGCGGGCCACCGAGGGCUGCGCGGCCGGCGGGAGGGGGCCCGUGCCGGUGUCCGCGGCCGUGGCCGCCCCCCCGGACGCGGCCAUGUCCAACGGCGUGUACGUGCCCGCGGCCAACGGCGACGUGAAGCCCGUGGUGUCCACCACGCCGCUCGUGGACUUCCUCAUGCAGCUGGAGGACUACACGCCCACGAUCCCGGACGCCGUGACAGGGUAUUACCUGAACCGGGCAGGGUUUGAGGCCUCGGACCCCCGCAUAAUCCGCCUGAUCUCGCUGGCUGCACAGAAGUUCAUCUCAGACAUCGCCAACGAUGCGCUGCAGCACUGCAAAAUGAAGGGCACGGCCUCGGGCAGCUCCCGCAGCAAGAGCAAGGACAAGAAGUACACCCUGACCAUGGAGGACCUGACGCCAGCGCUGGCCGAGUACGGCAUCAACGUGAAGAAGCCGCAUUACUUCACAUAGAGCACGGGGGAGCUUGGGCGGUGUGUAGGGGCCACGUCAGUGCCAUUAAACAUCUAGCAGGGUUUGGUGGGAA